AUACUGUCGUAGCAGCGCGCGGUCUUCAACUGCCUGACGCGUCAUGGCCUCGUUUUUUGAUGUCAGCUCUAAGAGGAAAGAUAAAAAAGAAGAGGAAGAAGGCUACGGAGCAGUGUAUGCUAAGCUGGAUAAAUCUGUGGUUUUGCAAGAAGCCCGCUUGUUUAAUCAAACAACACUUAACCCAAGGAAAUGUGUGCACAUAUUGACUAAAAUUCUAGUGAUUUUGGAGCAGAGUGAAAAGUUGGGGAAGGUAGAGGCCACGGAUGCUUUUUUCGCAAUGACCAAGUUGUUUCAAUCCAAUGACCAAAAUCUUCGCCGCAUGCUUUACCUAGUGAUUAAAGAAUUGUCUGCUGUUGCUGAUGAUGUGAUUAUUGUUACUAGCAGCUUAACUAAAGAUAUGACCGGCCCAGAAAUUGCUUUUCGAGGUCCCGCAAUUCGGGCGCUUUGCACUAUUACGGAUGCAGCGAUGGUCCAAAGUAUUGAACGCUACCUAAAACAGGCUGUAGUAGAUAAGUCUCCUGCAAUAGCAUCAGCUGUGUUGACGUCAGCAUAUAAGUUAAUGGAUGUUUGUCCGGAUAUAAUCAAAAGAUGGACGAAUGAAGUACAAGAAGCUGCAUCGGGCUCUCGUAUAAUGGUACAAUAUCAUGCUCUUGGUCUGUUGUAUUUAAUUCGUCAAUCUGAUCGACUUGCUGUGACGAAAAUGAUUCAAAAGUUUACUCGGUCUACUUUGAGAUCCCCUUACGCCUACUGUCUCAUGAUAAGGAUAGUAGCAAAGCAGUUGGACGAAGAUGGGGACUCGAAUAAUCCACAAUUAUAUGAGUUUCUGGAGUCAUCUCUUCGCCAUAAAUCGGAGAUGGUCAUAUAUGAAGCAGCUCGAGCAAUAAUUAGCCUCCGAAACUUAACAGCUAAAGAGUUAGCACCUGCUGUGGGUGUUUUACAACUGCUUUGUACGUCUUCCAAACCUGCGUUACGAUAUGCUGCUGUACAUACGUUAAAUGCUGUCGCCAGUAACCAUCCUGCAGCGGUAACUGCAUGUAAUCUCGAUCUUGAGCAACUAAUCGGUGAUCCUAAUAGAAGCAUUGCAACACUUGCAAUAACAACUUUACUAAAGACGGGUAACGAGUCGAAUGUUGAACGUUUGCUAAAACAUGUAUCUCCGUUCAUGAGUGAAAUAAGCGAUGAGUUUAAAAUAGUCGUAUUGGAAUCUAUCCAUGCAUUAGCAACAAAGUACCCCAAAAAGUAUACAGUGUUAUUAAACUUUUUAUCUGGACUUCUUCGUGAUUCGGCUGGAUACACUUUUAAAAAAGCAGUUGUGGUUGCUAUCGAAUCAAUUAUCAAACAAAUUCCAGAAGCCAAAAGUAUAGGUUUGUUACAAUUAUGUGACUUCAUAGAGGAUUGUGAACAUGUUAAACUAACACAGCGUAUACUCCAUCUGUUGGGACGGGAGGGACCCUACCUCAAACGUCCUCGUCAAUUUACUCGUUACAUUUACAAUAGAGUUAUGCUCGAAUCAGCUCCCAUUAAGUGCACAGCUACAACAGCUCUGGCGAGGUUUGCUGCACACAAUGAGGAAUUACUUCCGAGUAUUCUUGUACUUCUUAAACGAAUUAUGAUUGAUGAAGACGAUGAGGUUCGUGAUCGCGCAGCUUUCUACCACUAUAUUUUAUCACAUAACCAAGUAGCAUUAAAAUCUGCUUACCUUUUAAGUGAAGAAAUGCAUCUAAGUCCAUCUGGUUUAGAGCGUGCUUUGUUGGAUUAUGUGCACAACUCACACACAGUUGCUGGUAGUCCUUUCUCUUUGGCGACAGUCCCAAUAGCUGAUAUUGUUCAGCCAAAUGAUCUUAGUUCUGCCACUGAAUCGGAUGUUGUCAAGAUUAAAGCUAAAUCUAAUACAAUGGCUGGUGAAGGUCGAAACGCAUCACUUGCUUCUCAGAUGUCAGGGAAACGUAUUCAAGAUUCAUUUGCUGAGCAGCUGGCAUCUAUACCCGAAUUUUCUGGUCUUGGCUCCAUAUUCAAAUCUUCUUCCUUAGUAGAAUUAACUGAAUCUGACACUGAAUAUGUAGUAUCAUGCAUAAAACAUUUAUUCUCAAGGCAUUUAGUCUUGCAGUUUGAUUGUGUCAAUACAAUGGCAGACCAAGUCUUGGAGAAUGUCUAUGUUUCGUGUGAGCCGGACGAUCCCAUGUUUAACAUUGUCUGCACAGUACCUUGCAAAAGCUUAAAAUAUAAUUCUCCCGCUGUGACGUAUGUUCUAGUUGAGUUGCCGGAGGAUCUAGAAUGUCAUUCUGCUACAUUUAUCAACAUAUUGAAAUUUACUAUCAAAGAUAUUGACUCUGAUCCUUCGGAUCCUGGUUUGCCAGACGAAUAUCAAUUGGAAGACCUGGUCCUAGGUAUUUCAGACCAUAUUCAACGUGUUUCGAAACAGAACUUUACAUUGGCUUGGCAGGAACUCAGUCCUGAAACUGAAGUAGAGGAAACGUAUAUGCUGGUGAAGCACAAAACUAUUAAAGAAACGAUGCGUCAAAUUAUCGAACACCUUGGACUUCAGCCUUGUGAUCAAACUGAUCAUAUGCCUCAUGAAGGGAAGUCAUCUCAUCAGCUCCUUCUGUCCGGAGUAUAUCGUGGUGGGUACCAAGUUUUGGCCUUAUGUAAACUUGCUAAAGUAUUGUCUGAUGCAUCCCUUCAUUCAAACGAACAGGGUGUAACUUUCCAAAUCACAGUACGUUCAUCUGAUCCCGUUGUUAGCCGAAUAAUAGCUGAUGCCAUCGGUUGAGUUGUCAUACUGAAAGGCUUCCUUAUUACUAUAUGACAUAUCCUACUUAGUUAUUGUAUUAUUUCUUUGUUUCUUACAUUGGACUAUUGGUAAUCGCUUUGUUUAAAAAUUUAAUCAAACUACAAGGUUGUUGCUAACACCACUCGUUGAAAAGCUGUGAUUUCUUUCUUGUUAAUAAUAAAUCUUUAUUUUGCAAUCUCUGAAUAUGCAAUACAGGAUUCAAAGUUUUACUUAUCUUUUGAGUUCAGAAAGGUGUUCGCACUGUUGUUUCACAUUGUUUACAAGUAAAGCUAGAGUAGUUGGGUUCACACCGCUCUCAAUUAGUUUGAUGCACAUCAGCAAUUCUUCAUUAUCUAAACCUAAAAUGAAAAUUACGUGAAUUGAAGUUAACCCGGGUACACUAUAUGUUUAAUGAAAAAUUUAGACAAAGUAAUUUGCCACACUAUUUCAUUACAGGAGGAACCAAUAGCAUUUCCUAAUUUCAUACAUACCCACCAUUUGUGACAGGACAUCUACAAAGAAUUCGGAUGAAGAUGAGGGUUGUAGGUGAUCCUGAAUUUCUCACAACUCCGAAUUUGAUCGUAGGUAUUCGAGAGAACAGCAUAUUUUAAGCUUACGUGAUAUUUGUCAAUAUUAUCUGGAACUCAUACGACGGACUACAGUGCAAAGUAGUGCAUGGAGGACAGCUGACAGAUGCGUUCCAAGUAAGGACCGGAGUCAGACAAGGCUGUUUACUCUCUCCCUUCCUCUUUCUUCUGGUGGUCGACUGGAUUACGAAGACCUCAACAUCUGAAGGAAAACACAGAAUACAAUGGACAGCUCAGAACCAAUUAGAAGAUUUGGACUUCGCAGAUGACCUAGCCCUCCUAUCACGUACACACGAACAGAUGCAGAUAAAGACAGCCAGUGUAGCAGCAGUCUCUGCAUCAGUAGGCCCCAGCAUACACAAAGGGAAAACUAAGGUCCUCAAAUUCAAAGCGGAGAACAGCAAUCCAAUCACACUUGAUGGCGAAACUCUGGAAGAUGUAGAGUCCUUCACAUACCUGGGAAGCAUCAUCAAUGAACAAGGAGGAUCCGAUGCAGACGUAAAGGCGAGGAUCGGCAAAGCAAGGGCCGCUUUCCUACAAUUGAAGAACAUAUGGAACUCAAAACAACUUUCAACCAAUAUCAAAGUAAGAAUCUUCAAUACGAACGUCAAGGCAGUUCUACUGUAUGGAGCUGAAACUUGGAGAACUACAACAACCACAAUCAAGAAAGUACAAGUAUUUAUAAAUAACUGUCUACGCAAGAUACUCAACAUCCAUUGGCCGGAUACCGUCAGCAACAGCCUUCUGUGGGAGAGAACAAACCAGCUUCCAGCUGAAGAAGAAAUUAGGAAAAGACGAUGGAAAUCGAUAGGACAUACAUUACGCAAAUCGUCGAACUGCAUCACGAGGCAAGCCCUAACUUGGAAUCCUGAAGGGAAGCGAAAAAGAGGAAGGCCAAAGAACACAUUGCGUCGGAUAAUAGAAGCAGAUAUGAAAACGAUGAAUUACAACUGGACGGAGCUAGAAAGGAUUGCCCAGGACAGGGUUGGAUGGAGAAUGCUGGUGAGCGGCCUAUGCUCCUUCACGAGGAGUAACAGGCGUAAGUAAAAGUAAGUAAGUGAUAUUUGUGAAAUAUUACGAUGAAAUGAAUGUAGAAUUUUUCGAUCAACCAGUCACAACUGCGUGUCAUACUUGUGGAAUUAAGAAACAUGAUAAUGCCCACUUUCAGUGACAUCUCCACCGUGGGAAGUCGUGAGACCAAGAUCUUAAUGUCCACUAUGAUUAUGAAAUCGGUAGUGCUAUAAGAUAUUUAGAGCUAAGAUGUAUUCGUUUACAGAAAUCUAGUCACAAUCAAAAGUGCGAUAGUCAAUAAGGCUUAUAAAUGGGAAUUUUUGAGCAACGGUUUUGUGAUGAUGAUAAUAAUAAUAGAACAAUUAUUCAGAGGAUCUAAAAUCAAUGUUCACCUAACAUUCGGUAAGUCCUAAUAAGUUGUGACGCGCAACUACCACUUCUUGUUUUUUAACUAAUUAGCUUGAAAAUUAAUAUAAAGUCGAUCUUUAUUUAACCAGGUUUUGCGUUGUUACAGUAGAUAAUUUAGUCGUUUUUAGUAUUAAAGUGGACAUCAACUGGGGAUUCUGAUUACAUUUACAACGUUUACCUGUGUUUAAGAGACUUGAAAUUUCAGAUAAAACACCGAAAGUAGCAGCCGCAACUUUAUCUGCGCUUGAUUCUCCUACUGAUGGGUUUGUGUUCGCUGCUUGUUCAUUGUUUUUCUCCUCUCUAGGAAAACCCAUAAGAUUUAUUGUCUGAAAUAUAUAGGAAUUAGUUGGAAACGUAAACUAUCAGUGAAGGAUAUGUAACAACGUGUUAAUUCGAUUAUCGAAAUUCUACAGAAAAACAGCUGAAGAUUGCUAUUAGUGUAAUUUUAGAGUUUGAUUUGUGAAAAGUGAAAUGCUUUUUUAAAGUAUUUAUUUUAAAUUAUUUACAUGAGGCCUCACACUACAAUUUCCUCUCCACAAUACAUCAAAACUCUAAAACGCGGAUUAAUCUUCUUUCCAUCAGCAGUGUAAAGUAGCAGUCGGAUGCAUACAUCACAUAUUGGACAUGGAUCGACAGGUAAAAUGGUCCCACACUCUGUAACUAUCCAGCGGGAUGCAAGACGUCUGCAAACGAAACAAUGCAUUACACGUACAUUGCAUCGACCGGUGAGCAUUGGGAAUAAGGACUCAGUUUGACAUGAAUCACGAUCUACAAGACUGAAGUUUAAAAAAAAUUGUGAAAACAGUUGUCUGAAACUUGUCUAUUGCUUUAAACUUCCAAAUUAAACGAUAGCAUACAGCAUGC